AAUACACCCACCAGAUCAGAGUUGUUCUGUUGGUCAGUGCAUGGAUGCAUCGUGGAAGGUGAGGCAUAUGCAUUGCUAUUUUAAAACAAAAAAACAUUAGAAUGGCCAACUUAGGAGAGUUUAGUAGACAGUUUAGCAUAAAAAGUGCUUUGCUACAGUACAAUAAUAGUGUAAAAUAUGAUCUUAUGAUUGCUUGGUGCGGUUCGAGUGAUCUAAUGGCAAUUGUGUAGGCAUUUACCGGACGUGAUUCGAUUGAUGAACUGGCUUUCAUGCUGUGUCAAAGAUAAUUUCCCGUAGUUCUUACCAAACCCAUCUCAAUGUUGGUUAGAAUGUGUCAAAAAAGAAGAAGAUGUACUAGAUACAAGUUAUCUUGAUCGGAAUCUCUUCAUAUACAACAUCCACAACAUCCGGCCACCACACACUGGUUGGAAAAAAAGGAAAAAAAAUAAACCGUUGCCCUCUGCUUCCUCACUUGACACGCUUACUGUUGGGGAAUGAUAAUUGGUAAAAAGCGUUAAUGUACGGUACGAAAAAAGUACUUUUCCAAUGGACCGGGCGUUAACACGUUGCCGAGACAUUUAUUUCACCACAAGCGCUGAACCGUGAAACAGCAGUGAAAUAUUGUGCGUGUAAGAUGAAAUCAAACUUUAUCGCGUGUCUAGCGUUGGCCGCAUGCUCACUGGAAGCCCUCUCUGUCGAGCUGCAGCCAGGCGUGACGGGGCGACUGCAAGAUCGUCACAAGCGAACGUUGGUAUUCACAUCCGAUAGUGCAACUGGGAUCUUGUUCGCCCUUUCUGUACCACUGCUCAUACCGGAUAGGAACAUCUUUUUGGCGUACAAUUUCGAGGCAAACUAUGGCAUGCCCGGAAAGGCGAGCGAUUUUACCCAGGGCGUGCUGAAGAAGGUGGACAACGAUCAAAUACAUCCGGAAGAGGGCGAAGCGGCUGAGGACAAGCGAUCAAUACGUACCACAGCAGCAGCAACAACAGCAACAGCAGGAUUUACACGCAAAAAGGUAUAUCGAAUGAUUGAGCUCAACCUUAAUCGGCACGGGUAUGACGGAAAGAAGUGUAUACUCCGCAUGAUCUGCGAGCUGGCCAAACACCCGGUGCGCGAUGGGAACGGAAUAGUCGGCGAUCUGUUGCAGCUUGUGUUUACGCCCUCCGGAUCGUACAACGAGGGACUGCCUGGUGAGUUUUAUCACGCCGAGGAAAGCGGAAAGCGAGAAAACUGUGCCAAGUAUAGUAGAUACUGCCCCAAGGAUCCGUUGGAGGCGAUAAGUCUGAUUUUAUGA